ACGACUCCUCCCAGCCCAGCUGACAGGUUCAAAACCCAUUGUGCACACUUAGAAGCGAACUGCAGGUACCACUGAAGGUCUGGCUCAGAAACAUGGAAAGCCUGUGUGCAGCAAACACUACUUUUGCACUGGAGCUGUUAAGAAAGCUGUGUGAAAAGAAAACGGGACAGAAUGUGUUCUUUUCACCAUUUAGUAUUUCUUCUGCUUUGUCUAUGGUUUUGCUGGGUUCCAGAGGUAACACUGAAGUCCAAAUAAGAAAGGUGCUUUCUCUGAACAAUGCCCAGGAUGCUCACAAUGGCUAUCAAUCCCUUCUGUCUGAAAUUAAUGAUCCAAACACCAAAUACAUCCUGAGAACUGCAAACCGACUGUAUGGAGAAAAGACAUUUGAGUUUCUUGCAUCAUUUAUAGAGUCAAGUCAGAAAUCCUACCAUGCUGGCCUAGAACAGAUGGACUUCCUGCAUGCUUGGGAGGAUGCCAGGAAACAAAUCAAUGGCUGGGUAGAGGAAAGGACUGAAGGUAAAAUUCAGAACGUGUUGGCAGAGGGGAUUCUGAAUUCUCUGACCAGACUUGUGUUGGUGAAUGCCAUCUAUUUCAAAGGCAACUGGGAAAAACCAUUCAGAAAACAAAGUACCAGAGAAAGGCCAUUCCAACUUAGUAAGAACGAAACCAGACCUCUGCAGAUGAUGUUCAAGGAGGCAAAUUUUAACAUGACCUACAUUGGGGACUUCCAGACCAAAAUCCUUGAGCUGCCCUAUGUGGGUAAUGAACUGAGCAUGAUCAUCCUGCUCCCUGAUGCAAUCCAGGAUGGAUCCACAGGCUUGGAAAGACUGGAAAGAGAACUUACAUAUGAGAAGCUGAUGGGUUGGAUCAGGCCUGAAACAAUGAAGUCUACAAAUGUGAGGGUAUCCUUACCCAGAUUCAAAUUGGAAGAAAAUUAUAAUCUGAAGCCCCUUCUAAGCAGCAUGGGAAUGCCUGAUGCAUUUGAUUCAGGGAGGGCAGACUUCUCAGGAAUCUCAUCUGGCAGCGAGCUGGUGCUGUCUGAAGUGAUUCACAAGUCCUUUGUGGAAGUCGAUGAAGAAGGCACUGAAGCAGCUGCUGCCACAGCUGCAGUGAAGAGGCCGCUCUGUGCACGGAGAGUUCCAGAUUUCACUGCUGAUCAUCCUUUCCUUUUCUUCAUCCAGCACAACAAAACUCGCAGCAUUUUGUUCUGUGGCAGAUUUUGCUGUCCCUAAGGAGCAGAUACCUUGGCAGCGUAGGUGCCAUGACACAAUAAAUUUACAUAUGGCAGAAAACAGAGAAGUGUUAGUCCAACAUCUCUGUAUCUGAGUAAUAAUGAAAAGGAAAAAAAUACUCGAAGUCUGUACAAUGGAAGUAUUUAAAAAAACCCAAAACUGUUUAAAUAUGUGAUGUUUUUGACAUGAGUCUCUACUGCUUCCCGACCAUAUUCCUUAAGCUCACAGCUCAGAGGGAGCUACAAUUCAAUAACAAGUAUGUAACUUGUGAUAUGCUUUGACAAAUCUCAUCUUAAUGUAAAACAUUAUUGUCAUUCUUAUCCACAAUAAACCUUUGUCACAGAGUUGAUAGCAAGUCUGGUUUAACAGCAUUUAUAUUAAAUGAAAUGUCUGUAUUGCACAGAGACCAGUUGUUUUAUACAACCAAAGAAAAAAGGCUGAAAAAAAUUCUGCAUGUUGUUACAUGUGUACACAUGCACUCACCAUCAGACAAGAGUAAAAAAGGCAUGACUUGAAGUUACUAUAACUUAGAGUUAAGAUAUAGAACCUGAGAUGUAAAAUGGAGCCGUGUGCAGCUAAGGAGGAACAAUGUGCUAUCAGGACUGGUAAAAUAAAUGCUGUUGCAUGAAUUAUGUAUUACUAGUGGAUUGUAAAUAACACAGGUAAAAUAGUUCCUGGAUAUAUUUAGAGGAGAAAGAGAAGUUAUCCAUUAACAAAUUGCUUUUUAUAAUUACGUAUUCUUUAAAAGCAUGGGUGUAGACUUCAUGAAUGGGAAUUAAUACAUAAAGCAGUACUUUUCAGUGUGCCAUCUAUUUCCACAGACAUUUCUAUCACAUGAAUAAGAUAAUAGAGGGAACCUGCAUUAAAAGUUAUACAAACAAAUAUAUUAAUUAGUGGAACAGAAUCUACUUGCUCAAUGGCAGUAGAUACAAUUCUUUCCAUUUCUUUCUAUUUUCUCCAUCUUGAAGUGCUUUAUGUACCAUUUGUGGAAUCACUUCAGAAUUUAGACCUCUGUUUGACUUGAAGCAUUAGGUUGAUAGUACUGCCUAUCUCCAGUUUUUUAGCUUGAGGGGAGAUAGAGUCAUUGUCAUCUCAGAGUAACAAACUAGGACACCUGACAUGGAUGAUGUUGUUCAGUUUUGAAUCAUGAAAAUAAUUAAAAUUGCAAUGGAGAUUUGGUUAAGUCAUUCUUGACUAGAAUUGGAUUAGAAACAAAAUCAUAAUUACACAGGUGAAAUAUGGGUACUUCUAAGGAGCCCCAGAAAGAAAUAAAAAAUAUGCAGUGUUAUCCAGUACAUUAACUAGACCAAGAAAACAUGUAACUGACAUGAGGAAACUGUUUUAAAUCCCAUUUCUCUUUGGGCUUUAGGCAUCUGACUCAGAGGUUCUCAAAGGUGUCACAUUUGUCACAAGACUCACAACACAAAACGCCAUCCUGGCCUUUGGCAUUUCAAUUUCUAUUUCGCAACUACUUGUCUAGAGGAAACAGUGUUCAGUCCAGAAAUGAGUUAUUCAGAUUAACUACUCUUUCAGGAUGCAAGAUGCCCCUAUUUGAAAUUCAUAUCUAUGCACUCUUCCCCCUUUGUAUUUAACUUUUCUGCAACCAGCCCACAAGCAGUGUUGAGUAGUAGAUAUCUGCGGUCUACCUUCUUAAUAGCAUCCCUUAAAAUCAGUGCAAACAUUGACUAGAACCACUCUAAAAUAUAGGCAGAGGAAACAGUAAUGGCUGUCUACUUUGGGUUAGGAUGCUUCUCUAAAAGUGAAAAUUAUUAACAGUCUUUGGAUAAAAUACAAACGCAUUGCCAAUUAUUAGCAUAGUCUUUCUGAGGCUGUCCUGAUUUUAUUUUUUUCUAGCAAAAUAUGAAUUUAUUUUCUGAUAUGAAAUGCCUUAGCUUUUUUUGAAUUCAGCUCGUUUGGUUUUUCAAUCCCCUAUCAGAAGGAAGGCAGAUAAUAUUCUGUGGCAUAUCUCACAGAGGAGAUGUUCAGUUGUCGGAAGCUCCUUGUGAGGACAAAAGGUUAUUUUUAUCAGUUGCUUCAUCAAACAAAUAGGGAACAAUCUAUGAAAUUCAGCCUCAGCUGAACCUAUGACUCUACAGUGGGAGAUUCAGAGAGCAAUCUGCACCUUCAGUUCCUGGUUUUUUUUAGAACAACUCCUAUGCCACUUGUCAGUUCAGAAAAAACAUGUUCACAUGUAGAAUGUGUCCAUCAUGCAUUACCCAUAUUAUAAGAAAGUACAUAGUGCACCAAAAUCUCAUCUGUCAUUUUCUGCGGCUCUAGGGAAGCUACAACAGCAAGUUUUGUAUUCCCUGCAAUACCUGGAAGCUUAGCAGUUAUAAAAAGGUCAGUAGCAAACUCCUGAAAGGAUUUUGUUUACUGCUGCCUAGAUACCCCAUGGGGAUUUUAUUUUGAUAGGUCUGUAAGUAAAUUAAAUAGUCUAUUUGCAUACUGUUACAAAAGUGUAAACCUUUUAUAGUGUUUAAUAAGGAUUUACAUGAUACCAUAAACUUGAUCUAUACCCUCUGCUUGUAUAAUUGAGACAUGCUAGACAAACUGCACUCAUGGUAGCAAUUUCUUUUGUUAUUUAUGAUUUUGACUUAACACAAUUAGUAACGAACAUAUGUUGUUGUAAAACAUUUGGCAAUAUUCUCCCCUCCCUCACACUUCUAGUGUUAAAUCUCAUUGAAAUUCACUUAUUCUAUCACUCAUGACAUUUGUUGAGGCAAACACAGGGAGAGGGGUAUAAUCACCUGAGAAACCUGUAACCUGAGGAAAUGACCUGGUCUUCUAUCACCUUUGUUAGGGUUUUAUUAUUUAUCAUGGCAGCAACAUUGAUUUCUGAAGAAGCAAUUACAGUGACAAAAUUCAAUUACAGCAGGAGCUUUCAAUUGUAGCUGCAAAUUAGCUGUGUAAGUAGAAGUAUGAAAACUGGGAGGAAGUGUAGUCUGUUGUUCACUUGAUGUUCGAUUAAUUUAGGGUUUAUAUCUCAGUCCAGAAAAAUUGCAUCACAAACUUCCAGCAGCAGAAAUUUCAGAACCAGAUGAUUAUAUGGCCAUGCAAAGAUUUAUUAUUUGUAUCAGUGAUAAACAUAGUUCUCCUCUCGGAGAAGAGAGGAAAAAAUCAGUGUAAAUCCAGAUAAUAUCAGAAGAGAAAGUGGUCCCAAAAAUCAAAACAAAACAACAAAAAAAAAUCAGAACUAGAUAAAAACACUUUUGUAAUACAUCAAUGGAAGUGACCAGGGAAAAAAAAAAAUUGAGAGGAGAAAAAAAGCCCAAUAACAUUCAACAAACAAGAACUAUUGAAAAUUAUGGGUAAGGCCACUACCUCCAACUAUGAAUGUAACUCUUACCAGUCUAUAUUAAUAGUAUAAGUGGGGUUAAAUUAUGAGUGCUGCAUGGAUGUAGACUUACAACAAAGCUUGAUGUCUAGGUUUAAAGCAAAGGUGGCAGUCAUUAAAAAAAUUUGAGCAGUCUUUCAGCUGGUCAUAAUGUUUUUAGUCUUUGUGAACAGAGGGUCUCUUGAUUUCCUUGUGCUUACUCUUUGAAUCUCUGAUAUCGUGGUAAUGAGAUAAUUUCUUAUGAUAUUUCUUAUUUGCUGAAUGACACAAUUUGUGGAGAGUACUCAGAGUGAUUUGUGCUAUAAAGGUGUCAAAUACACCAAGACUAUGAUUCAGACUCAAAAUUACAGAUAUAACUUUCCAAAAUAGUACUAGAUUUCUGUUGUUAAAUAAUUUUUUCACAAAUGCCUGCUAAGCCUUUAUUUUUACAGAACUGAAGAAAAUUCUCCUACCUUCUGGUGAUAUAUUUCUGUUAUGUCUCGAAAAGUGCUUCAUGCACCUAAGUGCAGCUGUGUGCACUGUAAAAUGAAUUAAAAUGAGUUGCUUGUGUUUCCUGAGAUAUAUAAUGUUUGAGAUUGAGUCCUCCUACAUUUCUGAGUCAAAAGAAAACCUCAUUUGGAUUUUGUUUUUAUAAGAUCAUUCUGAAUACAUCAACUGUUUGUUUUAUACAAAUCCAAAACUGUGGAUUUAUGCUACUUAAACAAAGUCUCUGAUUAGAAACAUAGAAAAAAUUUAAUCUCUUUGUAUUUCUAAGCAUUCAAUUACUCUCAUAUCAAGGCUGCAUCUGGGUGAUAAGAGAAUUAACUUUAUAUUUCACAAAGCAUAUAAAAGCUUAAAAAGUUUGAAGUUUUCUGAAAUAAAUUAAUGUAAAAUCCCACGUUAAAAAAGAAAAAGUGAAGAGAUCAGUUUUGUUCAUUUCCAAAUUACCACUGUUACCUAACCACCCUGACUGUUGUUUCAAUUACUUUGUAUGUUAUAGAUGUCAAGGGAAAGCAAAAGGGACAUGCAUUUUUAAACACACACUCUCUCUCUCCUUACUAAUGCAAUUUUUUAAUUCAGCAUUUGAGAACAUUCUUUGAGCUUAUGAAAUUCUCUAAAAAGACUGUUUAUGAGCUUUCAAGUUUCAUCUGCCUUCCUACCUACCUUUAUAAUCCUCCAUAAAUGCCAUAUCAUCUAUAUGUGCAGAAGUGAGAAGUGACUUGAAUUAAUUAACUGUUAAUAUUUAGGUGGUCAUUGACACCUGAUGAAGGUAAUAUGACCCUCCCAUAUUUUAUGGGAGUAAAAGUUUGUUAAAUGCCUGACUGCUUUUCAGGAACUGAAGUGAAGUUGUUACUGGUUGGCACCCACAUUUCAUUCCUUGUUGAGCACGGAAUAGGAAAUUUUGAAGGACAAACUGCUUUCAGAAUUAGAAGCCAUAAAACCUAAAAGAAAUGCAAAGUAGUAUUGGUGGUGAAUGAUUCAUAAGUGUUUGUUGGACACCAUGCCUUCUUCUUCUUUUAUUUCUCCUUUUCUCUUAAUGUUUUAUUACAAGCUUGCCUUUUCUUCCAGGAGUUUGGUUGGCACCCUUUCUUGCCCUUGCUGUGAAUGAACACAGGAGAUAUGUUGAGAUUGCUAUGGCUAGUCUGAGACAGUGAACCUAAAGAAAAAUAAAACAUAUAAAAUAUUGGGAUUUUUUUUGAUUCACAACAGGAUUGUGAUUAAAAAAAACCCUUCAGCUAUUAACUUAUCAUAUCAUUGCUUUAAAAACUCAUUAAAUUCUAUCUCAAUUCUGCCUUUAUCUCGAUUGCUUUAGUCAGACAGGGAACUACCAUAAACAGGAGUAAGGGAGGAAUAAGUUUGAAACUUCAAAUCCACAAAUAAUUUCUUUUUUAGUGGAAAUGGUUUUGAAGAUGAUGUUAAAUUUGGAAUAAUGUAACCUUUAUGUUAAGAAACUAUGUUCUUAUUUUGGUAUUGCAAGGUACAGCUGGCUAGAGUCCUGAAAUGGCUGAAAAAUCCAAGUUUCAGGUUUAACAAAAAAUAUGUCUUGUUUAUAGUUAUUACUUGUUUUAGCCUACCUAUUACACAAAACAAUAUACUGAAAGAUCAAAUGAAAAAUAAAUUAUCCAAAAUGA